GGUUUUGAAACAAUUACAGCGCCGUACUUAACAUGAUCACAUGGUUUGCAAUCACUAUGAUCACUGAAGCGGGUUACCAUAAAAGCACAAAGCCAUCCAUCUUUGAGCUCAGAGACUACCAGAUGUGGACUUUUGAGAGGCCUAUGUAUGCGUGUGUGUGUGUGUGUGUGUGUGUACUUCUCCAAUUAACUGAUACAGCUCAUCACAUUAUUAAGCACAAAAACAGGUUGUGCAAAAACAUCCAUUUUUAAACGCAAGACAAAAACUGGACCAAUUUAAGAUCCCGACCCCCGCCAUUAGCAGACUUGAAGUGGAAUUCCAUGUGGUCUCUGUAUUGGGUUUCAGUGAGGAGACAUAAUCCCCUCCCCUCUUUACAAACCCACUCCCACUUCACAACCAACCUCGUCCUCCUCACUUCUGUAUUUCCAGAGGGGAAAGAGCAAAUAACGGGACACUGAGUAGAGCUGCAGCUUUGAAGAGAGUGACAUUUUCUUUUCUUCCCUGGAGGAGGCCUCGUUGUGGAAGUAAAUGCAAACCACCGUGCAUUGGACAAAAAAAUACAAAGGCUGAGAUUCACUCUUGCAAUCUAAACAGCAGCACAAGUCAGUCCGGAGGAAAAGACGUCCGAGCGAUGAAGCCAAUCACUGUCAUCAGUGCUCUUUUGCUCCUUCUCCACGUCUCUUCUCCGUGUGCAAAAGCGCACAGGCAGCACAGACAAGUUUCUACUGGAAACCAACCAGGUGUGUGUCGCUACGGUAGGCGGCUGGAGUGUUGCUAUGGCUGGAAGAAAAAUCGCAGAGGCCAGUGUGAGGCUCAAUGUGAGCCAGGCUGCAAGCACGGCGAAUGCGUUGGACCAAACAAAUGCAAGUGCUUCCUGGGAUACACGGGGAAAACGUGCAAUCAGGAUUUGAACGAAUGUGGCUUGAUCCCUCGUCCGUGUGAACAUCGCUGCAUGAACACCCAUGGCAGCUUCAAGUGUUACUGCCUCAACGGAUACACGCUGAUGCCUGAUGGAUCUUGCGCCAAUUCGAGGACCUGCUCGCUCGCUCAUUGUCAGUACGGCUGUGAGGAAGUUCAGGGGGAGAUUCGCUGCCUCUGUCCUUCUGUGGGGCUGCAGCUGGCUCCAGAUGAGAGGACUUGCGUAGAUAUUAAUGAAUGCGUCACUGGAAGCAACCUUUGUCCAUACAACAGACAAUGUGUGAACACAUUUGGCAGCUACUUCUGCAAGUGUCAGGACGGAUACGAUCUGAAAUAUGUCAACGGGAAAUACGACUGCGUCGACCUGGAUGAGUGUGCAUCCGGCACCAACAAGUGCAGCCAUCAAGCUGUCUGUCUGAACACUCAAGGAUCGUACAAGUGCAGGUGCAAGUCAGGCUUCCGAGGCAAUGGCUUUGAAUGCUCUGCCAUCCCAGAGUCCCAAGUAAGGCCCGGAAUUCCAGGAGGUAAACUUGAGAAUGAGGAAAUCAAAAACAUUAUCCCUGAACCGGUUCUGACCCCGCCUCCGAGGAUCCACCAGCAGCGUUUUGACUACGGCGGAGAGGUCUACAUCGGCGAACCAACUGCGGAGACCCCAGUGGAUGAGUUUCUUGAUGAGGAAGAAGAGAAAGAAGAGGAAGAGGAAGACAACCAGCUCAAUCCAAGAGGGGAUGUUUUCAGAAACAACAGAGUCUGUAAAACCCUUUACACAGCAAGAGAAGACAGGCCUCGAAACAUUCAUCACCUAUUGGAGAGGAAUUUUUCACUUUUGGCAUGUGAGAGCGGAGGGAUGCAAGCUCAACCCGGAUCAGCUUCCCAUACCCUGGGAGAAGCAUCAGAGGAUUUUGCAUCAGUUCUUGGUCCAGCCAGAGAGGUCCAACAGUUUGAAACGGCGCCACAUCAGGAAGAGUUUAUCAUGGACUGCAACUUUGAUCGAGGAGCAUGCGAGUGGGUGCAAGACAAGGCUGAUGACAUGGACUGGAGUGUAGCCUACCAUGGCAAAGGUGCUGAGUACUACAUGUCCAUGAGUGGUCUGCAAGGGGAGCAAGAGGACGUGGCCAAGCUCAAGUUGCUACUCAGUGACCGAACCCAGCAGGGCAGCUUCUGCCUGACAUUCAACUAUCGUGUGGUGGGUCACGACGUUGGCUCGCUCAAGGUGCUGCUGGACAACAACGCUUACCCGGUGUGGGAACAGAACCACAGCAGGAAUCAGGGAUGGCAGACAGAGCUCCUCACUGUGGCCUGGAAAGAGGAAGCGCCACAAUCAAUCAUCUUUGAAGCUCAGCGCGGGAGAGGAGUCGAAGGGGAGAUCGGAUUAGACAACGUUGUUCUAACUUCAGGGCCAUGUCAAGAAGAUGACUCUCUGAUUUUCUAAAGUUCAGCUGUUUCAUAGUCAAAUCAAAAAUGUGCAUUAUUGCUGUAAAUGUUGCUUUCACCUUACUCUGUGCUUCUACAUGGAGUAAAUCUUUUAUUUUCUAUCUCAGUCUGACAUUGGUUUUUGUCCUCGACAUUUUGGUCGAUACCCUGGAUGUUUGUUGUUGUUUAUCAAGUCUCAGAACUGUUGCACUGCCAUUUUAACCACUAUUGCACCCAUGCUGACUCUAACAGCCCAGUGAAAUUUCUCCUUCUUGGACCAAAACCACUGUAAUUCAGAUUUUUUUUUAAUUAAGUAUGAAUAAUGUAUCUUUAUGUGUCCAUCAAUGGCAAUGACGUUUUAUGAAUGGCAGAACAAUUAAUUAAAUGACCUUCUUCCAUUAGAAAGCAGAUAGAGCCAGUAACUCUGUAUUAACAUGUUGCCAUUCAAACAGCAGAAAUACUGGAAUAGCUUUGAAUUCAACAAAAUUUUACACUGAACAAGUAAAGGUGGCAGUAAACUGAGCAUCAUUAUUUAUGCAAACAUACUUUUUUAUGUUAAUUUGGUCACGUACAUCCCAUGAGAUGUUCCUGGACUCCUCUAAAGGUUACGAAACACUGUUUUAGACUAAUGUGUUUAAUUAAUUAAUUUCCUUCGUAGAAAUUUUCGUGAACAUGAACAAAACGGCUAAAAAAAAAAAAAAAACUAAACAAAAGUU